AUGGUUGACAUAAUGGCGCCGGUGAAUGAUGAUCCUAAUAAUGUGACCGAUUAUUCAAGAUCCAGUAACAAUCCUACUUCUGUAGUGAACGACAUGCGUCCGACAACCACGGCGCUUCUCCACCAAAAGCGACAUAGCUCCUCCUCGCACAAUGAUACACCCGAGUCGUCUUUCGCCAAAAGAAGAGUACCUGGAGUAGUAGAGCCUGUGGGGAAGGGAUUUAUAGAUGGAAUAAGCACUAGCCAAGUACUGAUGCAAAACGUCCCCUUCAAAACGGAUGAUAUUUCUAGAAGACCGAGCAUUUCUCGAAAGGCCAUGGAAUCGACCCCGCAACUUCACGCCAGUUCUAACUCGGCCAUGGACAUACCCAAGUCACCCUAUUACGUGAGCAGAACAGCGAUUGCUCGAAAUAUGGAAGUGGUCUCUAAGGACAGUCAUGACGAAAACGCCCCGCAGGCAAGGACUGAUGAUUCAUUGACUACUUCAAAUGGUAUUUAUGCCAAUUCGCAGCCGCAGAGUCAGAUAACAUUGUCCGACACUAGGGCAGCACCCGUUUCUGCUACUUCACUUCCAUCAGUGACAAGACAGUUACCUUCUGCGCAGCCCAAUCAGACAUUCAUUAAAAAAUUACAAGAAAUCUAUAAAAUUAUAGUGGUACAGGAAACAGAAUUGCAACAGAGAUGUCUCUAUUUAACAACCUCUCAAACUACGGAAUUGAAAAGCUUAUGGGCAAUAUACAAAUUAAACACUGAACUGAUCAAAAACUACAUCAAUUUCAUCAUCACUGCAUUAUUAACCACACAGCCGAUAAAUGAUUUAAUUAUGGGCCAAGAAAUCUUGGACAUUUACAGGAUAGAGAAAAGGUUAUGGGUAUAUGGUAUAAUAACUUUCUUGGAUGUCCUGAAGAAUUUUUCAAAUUUUAUGGACCCUGAGGUGUGUUGUCAAUUCAUCACAUACGCAUUUAUCUGUAUCUCGAACAUGCUUGAAGAUAUACCGCUGAAAUAUUCUAUUCUAUGGAGACAGAGACUGGGCGAUUUAUCCCGAAUGGCAAUUUCACUGUAUCCAUCAGGGUUUAUAGAUUGGAGGCUGAGCGCAGAGUAUUGGUACACUGAAUCAAUGAAAUACAUAUACGGGUGUGGUAAGCUUUACUAUCAUAUUGCCACAAUUCAACAGAACAGUUUAGAGGCAUUUGUAAACUUGGGCAAAAGUGUUUUCUGCCAGGAUCCCUUUACUCCGUCUCAACAAACGUUACAAUUAUUGAUUGAAAACAUUUAUCAGUCCGCAUUCAUUGACAGAAGUUCUAGUAAUACCAACAACAAUGAAACCGCUCAUAAAAAUUCUCAAUUAAUUGAUUAUUUAAAACACACUGAAGUAAUGUUAUUACCUAGUUUCCUGGAGAAUAUGGACUUACAACAUGUUGUGCUGCUGUAUUUCAAAGAUAAAUUUGGUAAAGACUUUAAUGGGAACGAUGUUUUUAGUACAAAAGAUAUGUUUUGCCAAAACCCAGAGUCACUACGGUAUUAUUUUAGACAUGCACCAGCAUUUGCUGAAUCUCAAAUUUUACAAUUGAUUGGGUUUGGGAAUCCUAAAAAUCCAUUUGCAUUACUGUUUCAAUUACCCAAACAUUUGAAAUUGAAAAAGGAUAAAAGAGAGAAGAAGAAAUCCGGCGCAACAGAAAUACCGCAUUACAAAGAUCCCUUUGAUGACCAAGCAAGCUCAGAAAGUUAUUUUCAAAAUAUCGAUACUUUAAAUUCCAAUUUUGAUGAUCUUCCUACCAAUAUCGAUAUCUGGCUGGAUUCCUUAAACUACAUAAACAUGACGUCAAUACAAUGUAGUAUGCACGUAUUAACUAAAUUCCUUCAUGCACCUUUAGCAGUUGCUUUACCGCAUUUUUUGACCUGGUUACAUUUCAUAAUAGCGGUUCUUAAAAAGCUGGAGACCAUUGAUUCUAAACAAGUAACUUCAUUUUGGCUGCAUUUUCUAAGAAGAACGAUGCCGUGGAAUUCCAUAGUAACUUUUGCCAACGUCUUGGUGUGCUACAUGCUAGAUAAUUUACAUCCAUUCUUAGAAAGGGAGUUAGAAAAAUUCUAUUCAUUAGAAUUAGACGAUCUGAUUGAAUAUUUUAACGAAAAUGAAAACCUACCCGAGGUUUGGAAAUGCUGGGGGAGCUUAUGGUUUGACGCAGUUAAGAAAUGCGAUGUGAUGGAAAUUCCUGGCGUUCGAGAUCACCUUUUUUUUGAUUCUCCCCUUGAUGGUAUAGUAUUUGAUAAAAAGGAUGAAAUUGGCGAGAAAUUCUGGAUACGUAGUGUAAGAACCAUUUUAACCUUGAAAGGGAUUGCCAAGAAGUUCCCUGAUUUGGGAUUGAAGGUAAAUUUUCAAGCACCUGUGUUUUGUCGUAGAAACGACAUUUCACCAGAUUAUUUUUUGAAAAAUUUAACGUUUAAGUUAGAUCCAUAUGAAGAGGACGCUUUUAAUGAUGACAACGAACUAGACGAGUUAUACGACGCAAUCGAAAUAAGCGAGCUGAUCGAAACGGAUAAUAUAGACCUGCGGGCCACACCGAGAUUAAGUGUUGUUUCUGGUGAGAGUAUCUUCGAAUAUACUGGUUAUACAAGAUUGACACCAGAUUAUCAUUGCUUUGAUAAAAACGGUGGAUUUAAUAGCGCGUUUAUUUAUACUCAAUGGUCCAACGUUGGAAACGGCAUAACGUUAGACGUAAGCAGCGAGUCAUUAUACGAUGCUAGCACUAACGAUUUGAGUUUACAUUGGGCAAAGAUUCUUUUCGAUAAAGUUUUCACGAUUGGGAAAAACAGCGAUGAUGACGGUAAUUGUUCGGUUUACUUUGUCAUUGACGCUACUUCGUGGUUGAGACAUUUCGCACAUAUUUUCAAGUUAGCCAAGAACAAUAUUCUUAAAUUUGCUAUUUGUUUAACCACGUUUCAAGAAUUACGCUAUUUGAGAGGCUCAAAGGAUGAUAAUGUUGUAGAAGCAGCAACAAGGUCUGUGAUUACUAUUAGGCAAUUGUAUGAUGAAGGGAAAAUCAUUCCUAUGAGAUUUACAGGGAAUAUAGCCACGCAUGUGGAGGAAAACUUAGAAUUCGAAGAGCAAAUUACUUGGAAGACACACGUUGACGAAUUUGUCAUUGAUGCUAUUGCUAAGCUGAACCAAAAUUUCCAAACCGAAAGAACGAUAGAUAUAAACAAAGGCCGUGCCAAGGAAUUUGCAGUUUUAGUAACGGACGAUGAUAAUAUGAACCAAAAGGCGAAGGAUAAAAUGAUAARGACGUGCAAUACAAAAUAUUUAUUUUCAUUGGGCAGCAAACUUGGCAUUAAUUCUGGAUUAUGUACCAACUGA